GAGAGAGAGAGAGAGAGAGAGAGAGAGAGAGAUGAUGGCGGAGGAACAUCGGCGCUGAGCGGAUCUUUUUAUAUAAUUGCGUUCCCUGACUUUAUUAUAAAUAGAAAUCAUAAUCGGCCUGCUCGCCGGAUCCGAGCAUGGGUAACGAGGCGAGCCUGGAGGCCGGGGAAGGGGGCACGGUGCUGGGCAUGACCGGUUCAGCACCGCUGGGCUCUGGACAGAUCCUGAAGCCCGUCAAUGGCGCAGCGGCCGGGGCUGGACUCGAACCCAGGGCGGGGAUGCAUCGGCUGGCCGGAGGAGGAGGCCCACCAUCAAGCCCAAACCUAAGCUAUGGAACUGCUAGCGAUCGGGGGCCAGGUGGUGACUUUGGCAUGCAAGCAAGUGGAAGCCCUUACAAAAAGGCAGUGCAUGAUGGACCUAGACAUCCCCAGACCACUUCUACACAUCAGUCUCAAUUUCAACCUUCACCCGGGGGCAUGGGACCCAACCAAAGCCCUGGACAACACGCCUCCAGACGCAACCUCCAGGUGGACUUCAGCAGCGGCGGGCGAAGAGGCCGCUCACCGUCAGUCUCUCCUGAUAGAGCUAGCGCGCCAACUUCGCCAUACUCCGUACCCCAGAUAGCACCAAUGCCCAGCAGUAAGCUCUGUCCAGUCUGCAAUACUACAGAGUUAACAAAUGUUGAUGGCUCGCCAAACUUCAACAAGUGUACCCAGUGCCACACUACAGCGUGCAACCAGUGCGGCUUCAACCCCAACCCACACCUUAUAGGGGUCAAGGAGUGGCUCUGUUUAAACUGCCAGAUGCAGCGGGCUUUGGGAAUAAACAUGACUACACCACGGUCCAAGAGUCAGCAGCAGAUACAUUCUCCCUCUCAUCAACCUAAGGCUGACCCCAUACCCAAGACCCAACCCCCAGCUCAGCCCACACCGCAGUUACAAUCCCAAACGCAGGCACAGACAAAAAUCCAGCCUCAGACUCAAGCGUUCUCUGGGGUCCAGAGACAGAUUGGUCCUACUGGACCUAACCAGACUGGACUUCACAGUGGGCCACAAGCUGGUCUCCAGACACAAAAAGAGCAACCACAUUCAGGUUCCCAGUUUGGGUCCAAGGAUACCCAAAGGCAGGUAUUAGGACCAAAAAGUCCAGAAAAAAUGGCCCAACCAGUGCGGAUUCCUCAUCCAGGGGCAGUGCCUUUACCUGGCUUAGCAAAGGCACAAUCGCAGUCCGAUCUGGGGCGGGGCUCUCCAGUGCGGCUUGGAGGUCAACCCGAUAAGGCCCGGAGUGCCGGAAGCUCCCCAGCCCAUCACCCACCCUCCCACGAGCCACCUCAAGAUGGUCUAACUAAGCUGUUUGGUUUUGGGGCGUCUCUCCUAAACCAGGCAAGCACCCUUAUUUCUGUUGACCCUCUUCCUGGAUCCUCACAGCAGCCCUCACCUGCCCGUAACCCGACUGCCCAGGGGACAAGGGUGAUCUUUAGUGAUGCUACCAUUGGGGCUAGUGCUAAACCUGCAGCAGGGCCACCUGGCACUGCCAAAACAGGCCCAGGAGGAGUCAUGUUCCCUAAAGGUCCUGGAGCCCCCCUUCAGAAACAGCCUCUGCAGCAGCAGUCACCAGUGCACCAACAAAAAGGGCCGAAACAACAGCAGUCGCCGUCACACCAUCAAACAACACCACAGCAGUCACCGCUAAAGCAGCCAGCAACUCAGCCUCCAACUCAGCCAGUUAUCCAGAAGCCAGACGUCACCUGUCCACUAUGCAAGACUGCGUUCAAUGUCGGAACAACAGAACCGCCAAACUACAGGUCCUGCACCCAGUGUCAUACAGAGGUGUGCAAUCUUUGUGGUUUCAAUCCCACACCACAUCUGGUGGAGAAGAAAGAAUGGCUCUGUCUGAACUGUCAGACUCAGAGACUGAUGUCUGGUGGACUUGACCCUCUUCCAGUUCUACCUUCAUCUCCCAGCCGUCAACCGGUGGGUUCCCCUCGGCAUCAGCAACUUCCCAGCAAGCAGCAGCAAGGGCUUCAGGCAAUGUCACCAAAGCAGAAACCUCCAGUUUCUCAACAGAGUGGUUUCUCUUCCCCCCUAGCUAGACCAGCAAUUGGUAUAAAAACAUCUGCACAGCCUACUACAGCUACAAAACCUCCUGUGUCUACAACUGCUGCAUUUAUUUGUGAAGAAGUGAGGAAGGAAAUUGCACCCAAACUUAUUAAGGGGCCUGACCUUGACGAUAGGGACAAUAAACCAACUCUGAAGAGAGGAACAACAGAGUCGCUUCAGACACCUACAAAAGAGGAAAAGAAAGAAUUACAGAGUAUUACCAAAUACUAUGAGGAAACCACCAAGACAAACAGCAAUCAUGAUUUAUCUCGGAGCCCACAGAGUUUGAGUGACACUGGCUAUUCCUCUGAUGGGAUCUCCAGUUCACAUAGUGAAAUUAUUGGUCUUAUCCAGGAGGAAGAGCUGAAGAUGAGUGAGAGAGGUCUGACUGGGCACCAUACACCACCAAGUCCGUCUGAGCUGAUUAAGCUGGAGAGCUCCAUGCGACCCCUUCUAGAGUCUAAAUUUUCAUCUGAAGGAGAAAGAGCACAGGACAAAAAGCGAGGAAAACAGCAACACGGUGACUUAAGGAAGCAUCAGUCUCGCUCAAUAUCAAUCAGUCCAGAGGAAUUUGACUCAGAUGAGGACCUUGAAGGCAUUAUGGAAGAGGAGGAAGAUCCAACUGAGGGAGAGUUUAGGUCAAUUGCUGCUGUAGGAGAGAAGAGUGGCCAUAAAAAAAGAAAUGUUGAACCUGAAGAGAUUACUGAUGAGGAGUUUAUGAGGAGGCAAAUUAUGGAGAUGAGUGCAGAUGAGGAUAAUGUGGAUGAAGAAGAAGAAAUGGAAGAAGAGGACGAUGAUGAGGAUGAAGGCUAUGGCUACAAAAAGUUAAAAAAGACACAAAAGCACAUUAGUGAUGCAGGAAAAGAAAAGCGCCGUCUCACAUACCACUCUAGUAGCUUUGAGGAGGAGAGUACAACAACAAGUGAUGUAUACAAAGGAUCAGCUGAAGAGGACCUCAUGGCCUCGCAAGGAGGGUUGCGCAGAUUCAAGACUAUCGAAUUGAACAACACCAGCAGUUAUAGUCGAGACAUGGAAUUAAACAAUGACAAUGACCUGAGUCUCGACAGAGAACCUGAGCUGGAGAUGGAAAGCCUCACAGGUUCUCCAGAAGAAAGGUCGAGAGGGGAAUAUUCCUCCACCCUCCCACCUACCACCUCUAGCUACACCUCGGGGAUAUCCCCUACUUCCAUAUCCUCUAUGGAAGAUGACAGUGACAGUAGUCCUAGUCGCAGGCAGCGUCUGGAGGAGGCGAAGCAGCAGAGGAAGGCCAGGCAUCGCUCUCAUGGCCCUCUCCUACCUACCAUUGAGGAUUCUUCAGAAGAAGACGAAUUGAGGGAAGAAGAAGAACUCCUAAGGGAGCAGGAAAAGAUGAGGGAAGUGGAGCAACAGAGAAUACGAAGCACUGUCCGAAAAACAAAACGUGACAAAGAAGAGCUUAGAGCACAAAGACGUAGAGAACGAUCCAAGACUCCCCCCAGCAAUCUAUCCCCAAUUGAGGAUGCUUCUCCAACAGAAGAGCUAAGACAGGCAGCCGAGAUGGAGGAACUCCACCGAUCCUCCUGCUCAGAAUACUCUCCUUCGGCUGACUCAGAUGGCGAGGGCUAUGAAAUUUCAUCAAAGCUGUACAAAUCAGGUAGUGAGUACAACCUACCAACCUUUAUGUCACUUUAUUCUCCUACCGAAAAACCACAAACUACAUCAUCGACAGCUGCUACAACUACUGCCUCGAGUAGCAAGCAAUUAAAAAGUGCAGAAGAAGUAUAUGAAGAAAUGAUGAGGAAAGCAGAGAUGUUGCAGAAACUACAAAAGCAGCAGACACCGCAGCAAUCUUUACAACAGUACAGCACAAACACCUACCAAGAGUCAGACAUUAGAAACAGACAAGAUAUUGAGGAUGAAUAUGAGUAUACUGCUCAAGAUGGUAUUCACUUUCAGAAUGAGGAGACGGUUGAUAUCUAUGAAGAGAUCCGCCAGACCUCAAAAAACAUUUCAAAGCAGCUUGACGACCAAAUGGAGAUGGAUGUGUCCUACUCAGAAAAGCAGUUACUAGAUACAAGCUCAGCCUUUGCUAAGUUGCUGGAACAAAGCAAUGCUUUACUGACUCCUGGCACAAGCCCCACUCAGCUCUCAGCGCCAGUAUCAUUUUCUGAAACUGGGACAGGAGGGCGGAUACCUGAUGUUAGAGUAACUCAGCAUUUCUCAAAAGAUGGGCCCAAAGACAGACUUAGAAAUCAAACAGGUAAAAAUGGUAUUACACCAGCAGUUGCUGCCACAACUAUUGCUGCUUAUGGAGUGUAUGCCAGGGAAAUUGUCACUGUCUCUCAAACUAGUGCCAGUCAAACAGUGUCCAGCACACAACCCAAUUUAUAUGGUCGGCAGACUACCACAACCACCGCUAGUGUUUCAAAUGUGUCUCAAAAAAUAUCUGCAAUCACUCAGGCUUGCAACCAAAGAGAAAGUGCUGCAAGGAAAAUGGCAAUCAGCAAAGGACUCCAAAUGAGGGAUAAUUCAACAUCAUCAGAAGCUAUAAAUGAAUCUGGCCCAAGUUCAAUUAGGUGUUAUACUUACCAUGAAAGGAGUCCUCCUGUUUCUCCCACUUCAUCUCCUCUUCAUAGUCCAACACGAUCUCUCGCUAGGAGAACAGCUGAGCUUUCAACUCAGACAGUUAUCCCUUCAAUGUUAGCUUCAUCUGGAAAUGCUUCUCACACCUAUCCAGUUAUGGCACAGGGCACUCAGACUUCACAUGGGGUUGUUUCACCAUGCCUUUUUAGACAGCAGUCCUCUCAAGAUAUCCAUUUUAUGAUUAGAACAGAAGAGCUUGAGCCCACUAGUCCACCAAAGCCAGUUACAGUCAACACAGCAACAUCUCCUUUGUCUUCACCGACAAGGUUUAGCCGCCAAUCAACAUUUGAAGCCUACUCGCCUCCUGUCAGCCCUCCUGAUACUCCACCACAUCAAAUAUCACCACAGCAUGGUUUAUACAAAAGCUAUAGAGCUGAAAAAGUUAGUGUUGGAACUAGCAUGGUCACCACUGCUAGCAUGUACACACGUGGAUCAAUGUCAAUGGAAAACAUUUCCCUUUGUCGCAUUUCCACAGUUCCCGGUACUUCAAGAAUUGAGCUGGGACACAGGUUACAGAGUGGAAGUGUAGUAGAUCUACGAACUGGCAUAAAGCCAACACCAAUUAUCAUGACUGACCAAGGAAUGGAUUUGACUUCCUUAGCCACAGAAUCUCGAAAAUUUUCUGGGUCUGUUGAAGGAAGCCCCAUUCGUCAAUCCACAACUAUUCAGCCCUUAAUAAUGAACCUGAAUACACAGGAGCAGCUGCAUGUUGUGACACCAAUAGCUACAACUGUCAGUGUUACUGUAGCUGCAUCUAUGUUCAUGUCUCAGCCUAAGCACCCUGUGCUCUAUUGUGAUCCUCUUGAAAACAGAGUUGAUUUGGGCAAAGAUAUGGGAACAGUAGUUUGCCUGGCACCAAACAAGCCACCACAAAUUGAUCCAUCUAUACCAAAGAUUGAUGCUAAGCUGGAAGACCUGAGUAUCCAGCAAGAGCAGUUACUUAAACAGCAGCAGAAGCUUCAACAACAACAACAACUUCUUGAGCAGCAGCUUCAGCAACAUCAUCAACUUCAACAACAACAAGCUGCCUCUUUUGCUCAGUUGAACUUAUCUAGCCAACUACCUCUAAUCAAAAAGGAUAUGCUUGUCACUCAGACAAGCACUGCCACAGAGGUUAAUAUCAUCUCACCGGCUAUGACAUCUGAGGUUUAUAGUGUUGGAGGUUCGCUUGAGUUAAGAGGAAAGCCAUCAGAGACAGGAAUCAUGAAUCUAACAAACGUCAAGCCUCAUGUGAUGAUGGUCCAGAUAGAUGGCGCUGCACAAGGAGCUACUAUCACACAACUUAUCAAAUCAGAGGAAGGCCAGGAUGCGAUGAAUUUAACUGGGCAAAUAAAAUCAGAAAAUCAAGUGACUUGCUGUGACAUGGUUUAUAACCUGCCCUUUGGUGGCAGCUGUGUGGGUGGUCCAUUCUCCCAGAAACCAGUCACAGAUGAGACUUCUAAGCUAUCAUCAAGAACACAACUUGAUUUACGGCAAGAUGGACAGACAUACCAAGAUUACGCAAUUAAAUCAUACACAUUGCCUCUCCCUGGACGGCUUCAACCAUCAAUGUCUGAAACCAACCUUGCAGAGGCAGGAUUGUCAUCAUAUUCAGCCAAGUUUGAUCCCCCUUUUCAUGGCUCUGGAGAAUUAUUCACAGACACAGUAAAGGAUGGCUAUGAUGGAGGGUACCUUGGCAUGGGGCUUCAAUAUGGCUCCUACACAGAUCUUCGUCAGGAUGAUGUUGCUGAUCUACCAAUUAGAAGGUACAGCUCCUUGACCAAUAUGAGCUCAGAUUAUGGAUAUUUCUCAGGUGAUUUUGCAGAGUCUAAUCUUGCCCAGUACAGUGCCACAACUGCUAGGGAGAUAAGUCGCAUGUGUGCAGCUCUUAACUCCAUAGAUAGAUAUAGUAGUAACCCUGAUAUAUUACAGUUGGGCACCGAAAGAAGCAGUGGUCCGCCUAGUAGAAUGAAUCUGCACCAAAGUCCUAGAUUUGGUUUCAAGUACAGCUCAGAUGGAAAGCCUCUUUCCCAUAGUCAAGCUCUAACUGAUCUCAUAAAUGCAAGACAAGCCAGUCUUCGAGCUAUGUAUCCAUCAGCUAUUAGAUCAGCUGAUGGGAUGAUCUAUUCAACUAUAAACACACCAAUUGCAUCUACAGUUCCAAUUACAACCCAGCCAGCUUCUAUGCUACGUCCUUUAUUAAGAGGGGUAUACAGACCUUACCCUACACCAAAUAUGACACCAGUACCAUUGGCAAGCCUAACUAGAUCGCCACUAGCUCCAAUGACUGGGCAGACACUUUUCCAAUGUCCUACACCUAAUCCUCUCCCUCUUACAACAUCUAUAAAAGUACCUGAGUCUAUCACAACAGUUCAAGAUACUCCAUUGUACCUUGGUAAUUCUCCAGUAAGCUUAACAGUAGCUGGAACUGUUACACAACCAAUUCAGUCCUCUUCUGUACCUGCUGGUUCUGUCAUAUCAGCACCUAUUUCAACACCAGUAGCCGUGGCAAUGAGCCAACCUGAGAUCCAGUUGCAACCAAUGAAUCUAUCUCAGCCCUACCUUCAGGCCAAGCCCACUGCCCAGCCUCUAUUACAUCACCAACUACCACAAUCUAAAUCGUCUGCUCAACCUUAUCCUCCAGUGCAGGGUCAUCCUAUUCCUCCCAAAACACAGCCACCCCCAUCAUCUCAAGGAGGUAGACCUACUGCUACUGCUAUCAGAAAUCUUGCUCCAACUCAGGAAAAAGAAACAGAGGAAAGACUGCAUCAACAGCAGGAACAACUUUUGCAAAUUGAGAGAGAGAGAGUGGAGCUGGAAAAAUUGCGACAGCAAAGGCUUCAGGAAGAGCUUGAGCGGGAGCGUUCAGAGUUGCAGAGGCAUAGAGAAAAAGAGCAGAUACUUGUACAGCGAGAGAUUCAGGAAUUGCAGACUAUAAAGCAACAAGUUUUGCAGCAGCAGCAAACUGAGAGAGAAAGCCAGUUGGUCCUGCAGAGAGAGCAACUAGCUCAACAAAAACAGCAGCUUGACCAGAUACAGUCUUUGCAACAACAGUUACAGCAGCAGCUUGAGGAACAAAAGAGACAGAAGACUGCAACAGCUGUUGCUGCAGCCAGUUCAAAUACUCAAAUCCUGAGUGAUCAAGCUGGCAGAAUGAUUCAGUCACAGGAAUUGGCCUCAGAUAUGUUGUAUAAUGAUGUCCAGGUUUUCUUAAGAUCACUACCAAACUCUACAUCAGAGAUAUGCUUGAGAAAUAGUGAAGAUCAGCCAGCAAUCUGGUCCAUGCGUAAACAAAGAUCUAUGCCUCGACUGCAAGAUGGAAAUGAGGGAGAAGUGACAAUGUUCCCCCAAAGACGUGUAGACUGCAGUGUGCAAACAGAUGAUGAAGAUGGAGAGGAGAGGUAUCUGGUAUCAAGAAGACGACGGACUAAGCGCAGUGUGGACUGCAGUGUUCAGACAGAUGAUGACGAAGACAAGGCAGAGUGGGAGCAGCCAGUUAGACGCAGACGUUCCCGUUACUCAAGACAUUCUGCUGAAUCUGGUGUAGACCACAAAUCCGAAGCAUCUCCAUUAACCACUUCAACUGCUAAGACAGCAUCCUCCAGCAUUGCCAUCCAGACCAUUCAAGAUUGUUCUUGCCAAACAGAGACAGAGCAGCUGGUUAGAGUAUCCCCGAGCAUACAUGUCACCAUCCCAGACCCCAACAAGGUUGAAAUUGUCCACUAUAUUUCUGGUCCUGAGAGAACACAGAAGGGUCAAAGCUUAGCUUGCCAAACUGACCCUGAGACUCAGUCUCAAAGCAUAGUUAUUCCACAGAUAAGCAUUGCUACCACUGUCAGUCCCACCAGUAUCCAGUUAGUUGGUUCAGCUGAUUCACUCUCCCCAGGUCAACAGAGUUCUGGGAAGUUUGGGAGGCGGAGGCCUGAUCCUUUGGAGUUCGGUUACCAGCAGCAUCACCUGCAUAAUGAGUCUCUGUCCAGCUUGAUCCGGCAACAACCUAAAUCUCCACAGGUGCUGUAUUCCCCUGUUUCUCCUCUUUCUUCUCCACAACGCAUCAUAGAAACAUCAUUCUCUUCUAGCGAGAGGCUGAAUAAAGCACAUGUCACCCCACAGCAGAAGUCCUGUAUUGCCGAGCCAUCACAGAGACAUCAGGCCCUUCCCCGCCCGAUGAAGAAUAUUCAGAGAUCUCUGUCAGACCCUAAGCCUCUCAGUCCUACUACAGAUGAAAAUACCAAGGCUAGGAUUUCACUUUAUCAACAGCAAGCCCUUCAGAGUCAGCUGGCAGCCCUGCAGCAGAGCUCCCUCCUAAGGAAGGUGAAGAGGACCUUGCCAAGCCCUCCACCAGAGGAUACACAACUGCCUAUGCUCACCCCUAACCUAUCCCACAUACUUGUGCCCUCUCUGCCAUCUCUGAAAGGGAGUUCUCGUUUAGCUGCAAAGGCCAGUCUACUUAAGGACUUGACCCAUGAGCUGAAGGCUGUUGAGCAGGAAUCUACAAAGCUACGUAAACAGCAGGCUGAGUUGGAGGAGGAGGAAAAGGAAAUUGACGCCAAACUUAGAUACCUGGAGUUGGGCAUUACACAGCGAAAAGAAACAUUGGCGAAGGAUAGAGACAGGAGGGAGCUAACAUACCUGCGCUGCAUGGGUGAUUCGCGAGACUAUAUGUCAGACUCUGAGCUCAACAAUCUUCGCCUGACAGCUGUGGCCUCAUCCUUUGAGAGCAACGGGCUAAUGACCAGACCUAGCACGGCACCACUCAGCCAGUUUACUUGUGAGCUGAACACUGCUGCCCAGUUUCCCCCCACAUCAUCUUUCAUGUCGUACCAGUACCCCCAAAGUCACCCAGCGGCACCUACCCCACAGAGCACAGGUUUCAACCAACCUCCCUAUCCGUCAGUCACCCAAGCUCAAGCUCUCCCCCAACCCACCCCUUUGCAGACUUAUCCAACCCUAUCUUAUCAGGUCCAUGGGACAUUUCCUUCCCAAGUCUUCCCACAGAGCCAGCCUCCAUAUCCAACAGACACUUCAGUGCUACCUCCAGCACAGCCAAGUCAACCAGGGUUUCAGCCUACCCUACCACCUACUGGUCCACUCCCUUAUCCAACCCACAGUACACCAUACCCAAGCCAGGCACCCCCCUAUCCGGUCAGUCAAGUAAGCAAUUAUCAGCCACAGACAGACACUCUCACUUUUCACCAAAAGCCACGACAGACAUCACUUGCUGACCUUGAACACAAGAUGCCCACUAAUUAUGAGGUUAUAAGUAAUCCUACAGUUGUAGUAACUACCACUUCCCAAGAUAUCAGUUACAGCCAGUCUGGUUUGGGUUCAUCUUAUGGCCAAUACAGCACUACUAUGGCAAGCACUUAUGGUCCCUACUCCUCUUCUGUUUCAAAUACAUAUGGUGGGUCUUUAACAACCUCCGCAACCUCUGGUUAUGGGCCAUACACAUCAAUCUCAUCCAGUAGUUAUGGGCCGUACACAACAACUAUUGCAAAUACAUAUGGAUAUACAGUAACUGCAGCCAGUUCCUAUGGGCAAUAUAAUACAAUUCCUACCAAUACAUAUGGGCAGACAACACUAUCUGACCAUAUACAUUCAAUGGAAAGCCCCUCUAUGUACUCCAGUGAAGGCCUAUAUGGAUCCUCCAACCUAGAUCAGAAUGUCCCAAGGAACUAUGUCAUGAUCGAUGACAUAUGUGAACUCACCAAAGAAGGCACUAGUUUAGACUCACAUCGCAAUGAGGGUCAUGGACGAUAUGGGAGUGAUGGACUUCACACUCGAGGGGGGAGCUCUUUUGGCAGACCAGAGGAUGAACGUGAUACAGAUCUGUACGACCAGCAUCAUGGCAGGGGUAAGAGCACCUGCAGCUACCAAGCACAAGGGGCAAAUACGCAUGGCCGGGUAGUGGGAAGCAGUAGCAUGGGUGGGGGAUCAUCAUAUUACUAUGAUGACAGCAGUCACUCAACACCUACAUGGGCAGCCCAAAAGCACUCUUCAAAGAACCUGUGCCCUUCAGCCGUCAUGUCCUCCAAGAGGAGCAAACAUCGUAAACAAGGCAUUGAGCAGAAGAUGUCCAAGUUUUCCCCAAUUGAGGAAGCUCAUGAUGUGGAGGCAGAUCUGGCCUCUUACACCAUGAGCCCCUCUACAACCAGUGGUUAUGGCUCAGGUUCCCAUUACCAUAAACUUCAGGAUGACAUCUAUGGGCUACGGAGUACUUACAGUCAACAACGGGGCUACUAUAAUGAUGAACGUCUCUAUGGCUAUGGCAGGUCCCGUUCAACUGGCUGUGGCAUGGACAAAAUCCCUCCCUGUGAGAGGAGCUACAGAAGCAGGUCAUAUGAACGGGACCGUGUAGACCGGUCAUACCACAGCAACUAUGGCCACAGUGUGCGCCCCACUUUGCAGUCUCAAUAUUCAGAAAAGGAGAACUCCCACCUCAUGACAAAGCUUAUGGGUGUUGGGAGGGCUUUCGGCUAUCCAUCAAAUUCAUAUGGUUCAAGUCACUCUCUACCCGAUGUGCAGGACCAUAUUCGAGACCUGCCCCGGACCCAUGUCUACAAACCAGAUGAUAUGUAUAUAAUUGACGAUAUGCAUUGUGCUGUUUCUGACAGCGAAGCAUACCAUCUCGGUCAAGAGGAGACAGACUGGUUUGAGAAGCCCCGUGAUGUUCGUGGUUCCCGCCACUAUGGCAGCAGUGGUCAUUCUGGGAGGCGAGGCCAUGUCAAGCACACAUACCAUGAUUACGAUGAGCCACCAGAAGAUCUUUGGCCACAAGAUGAUUAUGGCCAAACCCGCCAUGUUUCCUCUAGAGAGCAACGUCAUCAAAGCAGUGGAAAUUCUGGUAGGCACUCAUCACGCCACUCAGAUGAGCCUCGUUCCUCUCGAUCAUCACGUUCCUCAAAGGAUCCAUCCAUGCGGCAUGACUCCCGCUCCUUGUCUUCAGGGAGGAGGGGAGACUCUCGUUCUCAGGGAUACCAAUCCUCAGAUUAUUCCCGUGACACCUCAGGCCACCAACAUAGCUCCCGCUCUGGAAAACAGUCCUCCCACCAUCAAGGGUCCUCCAGUAGGAAGCAACAGGACCACCCCUCGUCAUCCCGGCAACAAGGAUCUCUUGGGCCUGGACAGAAGGGACAAGGUGGACCUUCGAGUUCAAGCAGGCAAGCUGUCUCCCAGCCACUUGUUGAUGGGCAGCAAGGCCAGAGAGCACAGCUUCAACAGCAGGCACAGACAUCAGCUACCAGGUCAGGGUCACAGAUAUCUGCCACAGGCACAGCGCAACCACAGUUAGUACAAGGCCAGCAACUGCAAGCUAAACCUGGCCAGACUGGUCCAAUGGCUCGACAACCCGCCUCAGUAGCACAGACCUCCCCAGCUGCAACUAAACCAGAGCCGACCCCUGCCACUGCUAUUGGAGCUAAAGCAGUCCCCGGCCAGCCUGCCAAAAUAGCUCAACCUCCACUUACCGGGAUAGGCUCCAAGGCUCCUCUAAGGCCCGGUGGGAUCGGCAGUGCCGCCGCGGGUCAGACGGGUCCGAUGGGUGUAGAUGGAGACGGCCUUAUGUCUAAAAUUCUGCCAGGAGGAGCUGCAGAACAGGCUGGGAAAUUAGGAGAAGCCAUCUCUGGGUUUGGCAAGAAGUUCUCCUCCUUGUGGUGAGGAAGUACAAUUAAAGGGUGUCUACAAUGACAGAGGACAUUUUUGCACUGGAAAAACCUAUGAAGUUUCGCUAUAAUGUUUUAAUUUAAAGAGAAGACAACACAAGAAAGUGAGAGGGAGAGAAGCUAUCUGGUCGUUCUGCCAACCAGGACUGGAAUCACAGGACUCUACCAACUCAAGGUCAUAAUUCAAUGGAGACAACACUCUUCGCUCUGAAAGCCUAUGAUUUGGGAAUUCAGUAUCUGUGUUCCAUCCGAACGGCAUGGCCAAAGAUAUUACCAUCUCUGAGAGCCUCCAGCUCUCGGCCGACAGAACACCGUUUGGGAGACAGACAGAAAGAGAGCGAUCAGCACACGACGCAGGUCGAUAAAGCCGACAGUCAAUCCUGGAAACACGCUGACACGAUCCCACUCCAGUUACUUACAAAGAAGUGUGAUUCCCUGUUUCUCUCGGGAAACGCUCUUCACUCCCCUCUCAGGAUCCGAAGAAACAGCCAAGUUUGAACACUUAGAAAAACUUCAUAGGUUUUUCCUAAAAGAAGAAGAAAAAAAAGGCAAAUCAUGAACAUGGUUACUGUAACACACAUCUCUAUGCUAAGUCCUUUAACUCGACAUUCCAGAAUGAGGAAGAAAAAAAAAAACCUGUUUGUUUGUUUUUGUCUUUUUUUGUUUUCCUUCUCUUGCUAUGUGCUAUAAAAGUGUAAAGUGGACUCGGAGUGCAUGUAAUCCAAGACCUUACACUGUUCACGGUAUCAGCGAGAGAUCGAC